UAUAUUCAUGGAGUACAUAAAUAACACAAACGAAUUUUAGCGCCAACGGCCAUCGCUUGAUUCCCCAAAUUUCGAUUUAAAAAGAAAGAAAAAAGUUUGACCUCAAUUCUUCAAAAUUCCCAAAAUCUUUGCAAAGUUUGAUUCUUCUCCGCAGGGAUUCAAACCAAGCACCGCGCAUCCGCUAAUCAGGAUGGCCUUGGUAACAACAGCUGAACUUUGUGAUGCAAACCCACAGUAUAUUAUGAAUGGGGAGCUGCGGGCGCUAUUGCCAAAUUUCAAGAUAUACGGCCAGCGUCAAGUGUUCUAUGGGCAGGUUGUUACUCUCAGAGUGUUUGAAGACAACGUGUUGGUACGCGAGUUUCUUGAGGAGAAGGGGGACGACAGGGUUCUGGUUGUUGAUGGGGGUGGCAGCUUGAGGUGCGCCAUAUUGGGGGGGAACCCGGUGGUUCAAGCACAGAACAACGGGUGGGCAGGUAUCAUUGUGAAUGGAUGCAUAAGGGAUGUGGAUGAGAUCAAUGGGUGUGACAUUGGUGUGAGAGCUCUGAGCUCGCACCCCAUGAAGGCUAGCAAGAAGGGACUCGGAGAGAAGCACCUUCCAGUGCAUUUUGGUGGGACUAGGAUAUGUGAUGGGGAGUGGCUCUAUGCAGAUACUGAUGGCAUUCUUGUUUCCAAGUCUGAGUUGUCUGUCUAAUCAUAUUCUUACCAUCUUCCUUGAUCAAUUAGUUUUCUAGGUUCACUUCUGUUUCUGUUAAGUUGGCUUUGAUAAUCACUCAUAGGUUUGUAUUUGUAGCAUUCUUCUCUCCAUCUGGUUUUUUAUGUGAUGGCUCUUCUGCUGAUGCAGCUUGUGCACUUCUUUAUGUACAUGAUAUUGAUACCC